AUGAUUUUUCAAAUUCAAUACACCAAUUCGGUUAAAAUAGAAGAAUCUUGUCUGCCAGAAAAACCAACUUGGUCAGUUCGUUCUCUUUUACCAACCACUUCCAGUAUACUUUCUAAGCCGAUAAUUACACAAAAAGAAUACGAAUCAAUACUAAAUUUAUCGAAUUUACAUUCAACUUCUUUAGAAAAUUCACAAUUGAUUCAAGAUAUUAACAUACUUUGCUAUUUUGUUAAACACAUUCAGGAAGUGGAUGUUAGUGAUAUCGAACCUAUGAGAAAUGUUUGGGCUGGUGGCGUUAAUUUAAAUUUGCGUGAAGAGGAAGAAAAUAAUAAACAAGUAAAUGAUGAAAAUCAAGGAAGAGUAUUGUUGAAAAGUGCAAGUUUAUUACAUAAUGAAUUUUAUGUUGUUAAUAAAGCUGAGAAUUAG